AUGCCUCAGAUAUUGCCCGAGCAUCCUACCGUUGCGCACGCCAAUACAAUGAUAUAUGGAACGGCGUGUUUCUUCGUUUUCGGAGCUUGGGCUCUUGCUGGUGGCCCACUGACCGGGAUUUCUUUUAUCGAUGUCAUUCUCAACGAUUCUCAUUAUAAAUAUCUCAUCUUCCUCGGAAUCCCUCUCACUGCCUACUUUGUGAUCGCAAACUGGGUUGGCUGGCAAUAUUACCGCCUCUCGUAA